AUGUCCAAGCGACCUGCCCAAAGACGGCAAGGCCUGUGCAAAGUGAUGAAGACCUGCGCGCUGGUCUUGGCGAUGCUUUUCAUUGACAGUGCGCACGAGCAUUUGACCUUUGUCGGCGGCGGAUGCAAUCCAUUCCAGCCCCCCAAGAGAUUCGACGCAAGACUUCCGACUAGAUUGAAAGCGCAAGUCCGCAAUGCAAGUCCCCAAAAGCGUCGGAUACUGCCACCGCUGGGCGACUCGGCAGAUGUGCAGAAGCAUGUUUUCAUUUCCCUGACAGACUACGACAAGAAAAUUGACAAGUUGGUUGAAGGAGACGAUAAAGUCGUUUUCAUCCGCGGCGGAGUAGCCACCGGCAAGACAACACUGGCGGAGCAUUUGGCACGGGACGCUUCCACUGCAUCCGGCCGUGUUGUGUCCACACCCGCUGAAAUCACCCAGAAGUACAUGUGGAUACCUCCCUUGAGCUACACGCAAGAGCUGGAGACUCAGCUUGAGGAAGCCGGUGUUAGGCUGGACCAGAAGAGCAUCCAGUUCUUUAUGCGAUUUUGCGGUGGACAUCGUGGCAUCUUCAUCGCAGCAAUGCACUGGGUGCAGAGCAAGCAGAGCAAGCAGAGCAAGCAGAGAAGUGGUAAAGGCUGGGAUUUCCGGCAGACAGUGGGGUUUGUGCGGAAUAGCUACAAUGGAGGAGAUUGGGAUUGCGCAAGCAAUGAGAUUUUGGGAUACCUGCAGAAGAGCCGUGCAGUUAGGGUCAAUGGCUUCUACGAAGAUGUGAGCAACGUGCCGAGAGUUGUGAGCUUCGAAGGAAACACAUCUGAGUUGGCGAAGGAUGGUCUUCCGGGUGAGGAGCAGUACAACCAGGCAAUUUGCACGGUCUUGAAAGAUAUGGGAUUUCAGCCCGUUUCCACAAAGCGAUCUCGGAAGGGUGAAGGAAAUCCAGACAUUGCACUUGAAAUUGGUGGGGAGCGUUUUGUUUUGGAGGGCGUGAAACUGAAUGGAAACAUCACCGAGCACCUUCAGCGCUUCGAUAGCAAGACCAACUACAAGAACGCCAAACACAAGGCUCUUUACAUCAUCGGCAAUGACAGUGAAAGGAUGCUCGACAAGGUGAAGAAGACUACAGCUGAUGAUGUUCAAGUCAUAGGCUUAGUCCCCAACAUCGCCCACACCGCAUACACCGUCCACGUCAAGAGCAAGGGCAUCGAAGGCAUCAACACCUGCAACGUGGACUGCGAUCUUGUGGCAAGAAGGUUGGUGCUCAAAGACGAUGGCAAACCUGAGCUCCACAGCGUGCAGUCGCUCAAGAGCAUUAACCUGUCUCCCAAAGCUGAGACCAGUCAGCCUGCGAAGACAGAGAUGGUCUGGGUGCGAGAGUUGAAGGAGGAGAACGGCGAGUACAAGCUGGUGGGCAAUGCCCUUCCAACCGAGCCUGUGCCGAAGAACAUCGGCUUCCUGAAGGAGGUCAUCAAGGAGAAGGCGCAGUUGCAACCGCCUGCUCACACUCUCACCGUCUACCACCUCACCGAAGGCACGUGGCAGGAGGAGAAGAAGAUGAGCGCUACAUUGCGCCCUUCCACGGAAGAGACGCCUUACGGCUACCUCGUACCAUAG